AUGGCCGUCUCGAACUGCACUGUUACUCGACAAAACUGGGAAAUUGAGGUAAAAAAAACGUGUAAUAAUAACGUUUUGCUUUUUUCAGAUUGAGUGCAAUAAUGUUGACAAAGCUUUGCCAAAAAAUGUGCCGGUUGCGGUUAGUUUUCGAAAAAUCUCGAUUUUUUUUAAAUUGGCUUAAUUUUUAGGUUUAUCAGGAAGAACCGACAAAUUUCGAUACAAUGGUACCGAUGCCGGUGAGUUUUGACGGAAAAACUGCAAACAUUUUACUUUUUUAGGCCCACGAGCUGGAAACGAAUGAAAAUCUGCCGCGAAUCGUUAACGACGGUAUUAUUCCGAUGCAAUCGAGAGAAAUAAUCAGAGAAGAAGGACCGGAAAGAGCGCCCGGCGAUUUGGCGAGAGUACGGUUUUCUUAGAGUUUUUGCUCUAAAUAAUGUUAUUUUUUGCAGGUGGCGGUUCUCAUCCAAUACAGCGAAUUUCUGGAAACGGAACGCAUGAUUUACGCCUUGAAAUCGUAAUAAAACAAUGCCAUUUCGUGUGUAGAAAUGAAUAUAAAUUUUAGACAGCGAAAACAUCAAAGCGACUUGCCAAUUUACAUUUUUUCCGAAGACAACAAUGUCGUGACAACGAAAAUGCGGAGAAAAUGGAAAAGACAACUUCAGGCGAACUUUGUUUUCGAGGUUUUCGAGUCUCGACACGGAAAUUCCGUGAAAAAUUCAUUUUUUUUUUCAGAAAAGUGCGUCUUUGGCGAUUCAGGCAAUACUUGUCGACGACGACAUCGACUUUUUCAUUCUUUUGAACGGUAAAGAAACAAACUGCGAAAAAGCACCAAAAGACUCAGAAAAUGGGAAAACAUUAUAACUUUAUUCUAUAUCGAGUUCUGAGACGCCUUCCUUGGGCUCCCCCUCCUCCGUUUGAGUCAUAAUGCCCAUAUUGUGAACGGUGGUCAUGUUUACAGUGGAUUCUGGAAAAAAAACGUGAAAAAGAACAAUUCCAAGAUUUCUGAUUCAACUGGAUCGCAUUUAGGUUAAAACUUGAAGACAUAAAAAAUUACAGUUUUCAAUUAUUCAGAUACCGACAAAAUUGGCGCCGAUUUCGGUGACUUCUAUUUUCUGGGCAAAGAAUUGAUGCGCUUCCACACUGAAAUCGAAUCGAUUUGUGGAAACGGUAACGGAGAAGAAUGGCAGGACGCCAGUUUCGGAGACGUUCUUUGGAUUUCUCAAUCCGAGUGCCAAAUGGGUUCGUUUUUUAUUGUAUAAUUCUUCAAAGAAUUGGUUUUCCACUCUGCAUAUUCUUUCAAAUUUUUCAGGAAAAAUGGUGUCCCGCGCGAGUGCCGAUUUUGAUUUCCGUCCGAAAACCGGAGUUUCGCUGCGUCCCGAGGUGGGAAGAGUCGGAAAAACGACGAAAUCGGUGACGAAUUCCACCUGGAACCUCUCGAAAUUCGAUCUGAGACUGCUGAAAAUCGACGAUAUGGAAAGACGAAUGGAAUACGAGUUUAUGGUGAGUUUCUCGAAAUUUGCUGCAGAAAAUAUAAUAUUUUGCGAAACAUUGUGCAAAGUACGGCAUAGGCUUUUCGAAGGCUUUUUUAGGCCUGGACUUUUGACCCACUUGUAAUCGGGUCAGAACUUUACAGGCUACUUGCGAUUGGAUUGAAGCAUAUCGGGGCCAAGUUUGAAACCGACCGGAUCAUCUGGUCUCGAGAUACCAGAGGCCGAAAAGGUCGGGUUUUUGUGAAAAUUGAUCCGAUCCGUCUGAAACUCGGACCCAAUAUACUUCAUUCGAAGUCCAAGAAGCCUGCAAAAUUUGGAUCCGACGGGAUCAUUGCAAGCGGGUCCAAAUGUCCUAUCUCUUCUUUUUUACCCUAAAAAAUUCCAGGCGGCCACGAAAGAACUGGACAGUCUGUACGAUUUGAAAGCCUUCGAUUCGGAUGUGUUCUACUCGUUCCCCUACAAAAAUAUCAGCGAUUUUUACUAUUUUUUCGAUAAGAAUGAGAUUCAGGUGAGACCCCUUUUUUGCUAGAAAAUCGCAAAAAAUUUCCAGAAUUUCCACGCGUACAAAGGAGUGAUUUCGCUUACAAUCUACGGCCGCCACGUCUUCUUGCUCCCGCAGAAAAUCUACGAAAAUCCAUAUUUCCCUUAA